CACGCAUGUCGAUAGUAUGGGAACGGUAGGUCCUUUUAAUUAGACUGAGAAUAGACGUACGAGAACAGCCACAUAUAAAACAUCCUCAAAUCACAUAAAAUAGUGCCUUAAAAUAAAGACGAAUCGCAUAAGUGAGCGCCACACAGGAUACAAUACAAACCAACCCAUACACCACCAUGUCCCGUAGCGUAGCCUGGACAGGCACCGCAGAGUGGGUGCAGGUGUACGAGUGGUUAUACAGCCAAAAUGAAACAGAUCAACACAAAGGGGUGGCCCGUGUGAAUGCAUGGCAAGCCAGACAAAAGCUUCCUAUGGCCAUAGAAGCCACAGCUGCGCUGAGAGACUGUAUACUGAAAGAUAGACUACUGUGUGCAUUGAGUGAGCAAGAAUAUAAUAGAGCUUUGGCACUGGUGUGUGAAGUGCCUGUAAGAAAAAGCAUAAAUACAGCACCUGAAGGGCAAGAUAUGGCAGAGGGAGAGUAUGAGGGUGUGAGUGAUGAUGAGGACAUGGAUAGGGAAGAGAUCGACAAUUCAAGCGACGAUCCAGAAGAUGACCAAGAAGAUGUCAUG